UCGUCGGUCCGGACGACAUGAAUAAAAGAGCAGAGCACAAACCUGGCGCUUUGAAAGGAUCUCUUCUCCGACCAAAACCCCGCAAAAAGUUCACCCUUUCCUGCUGAUUCUCGCUUCUGAGUCCGAUUUCUUGUUUAAAGGUCGGAACUUUCAAAUCCUCGGAACCGGACCGAGGAUUCUGCCCCUCUGCGGUUCCGGAAAACCGAAGUGAAAGAGCGCCCACCAAAGAAUCGAAGCCCCUGAGUUCGUAAGACAUCGACCUGUUGAAACCCACUAUGGAAAAUAAGCCAUCAAGUUUUGUGGAUCGCCAAGUUGUACCGGGAGAUGUGGUUCUUGAUCUGUCGAAAAUGUCUAAUCAGACUAUUAAGAUUGGUGGCGGCCUCCGUCAGGAAUCUGAUUUUAUUACAGUCAUGAAGGCUGGGAAACUAAGAUUCUCGAAACCAAAUAAAUACUGGGUUGAAAGCUCUCAGAAGAGGUAUGUGCCUCGUGUGGACGACACUGUCCUUGGAAUCGUGGUUGACACUAAAGCAGAUAACUUCCUUGUUGACAUCAAAGGACCGGCAUUGGCCUUUUUGCCUGUACUUGCCUUUGAAGGAGGAACUAGAAGAAACAGACCGAAGUUUGAGCAAGGGACUUUGCUCUAUGCUCGGGUUGCUAAAGCAAAUCCCGGUACUAAUCCGGAGCUGUCAUGUACUGAUGCAAGCGGGAAAGCAGCAGAAUUUGGACCCCUGAAAGAUGGUUAUUCAUUCGAGUGUUCAACUGGUCUAUCAAGGAUGCUGCUCAGUUCCCCAACCUGUCCAGUACUCGAGGAAUUUGGCAAGAAGUUAUCUUUCGAGAUAGCAGUUGGCUUGAAUGGCCGGGUCUGGGUGAAUGCGGCAUCUCCAUCUACUAUAAUUGUCGUUUCGAAUGCGAUUAUGAAGUCAGAGUCCUUGAGUGGCGUACAGCAGAGAAUUAUGGUCCAGAAGCUGCUUGAUAGAAUUCAGUGAUCUGUUCUUUAUUCAUGUAAUUCGUUUUAUCCCUCCUUUGUAAGCGUAACAUUAUCUCUCGGUCACCAGAUGCAUCGUUUUCACAGAUAGAAUUUCAUGAUAAACAUUCUUUUUCUUGCUCAAUGAUCCACAGUUUUGAGAGUUUUAAUCUUCCUGAUUUGGCAGCUUUUGUACCUCCUCGCAUUACCGACAAGUGGGAUGAAGUGCAAAUGAAGGGACAAGGUGAAGAUUGCCGUUGAAAUCCGGCUAUUUACAUUAUGCUGGAACUUGUGGUGAAAUUCAUCAACCUUGAAUUAUGGAUAUAUUUUGCGAAACGCUUUUCUUUUUCUUUUAGGAAAAAGUAGUUGCAAGUG